AGAAUAAGUAUCCAUGCUGUGUCCCAAGAUGAGAACGAGGCCGUUCUUAUUAUUUUUGGUCGGGAUGCUGGCCCUGAGCACUGCUAGUGCCGCGCCUGCGUUUAUGUACGGUAUCGACGACAACAAUGAGAUUAUUCAAUACGAUCCGGUUAACAAGAUGACCAGGCUCGUCCAAGAUACAGGUUUGACGAAAUUUCAAGGAAGUAAUGCAUUUGCCUUUGACGAGGUCAGGAACCAGAUGUUUUGGCUCUACCAGGGCGAUGCUACCAAUCCUGCCGGCUUGUACUAUUGGGACCAGGUCACCGGAACCAUCGACCGUAUCGCCAGCCAAGCGCAAACCUGGGACAAUCAACGCUUCCCGGCAAAUGCGGUGUAUUACCGCGACCCCAGCACUGGCAUAUCAUAUUUCGUUUGGAUCACUGAGGGUGGGAGCACGGUCAAUUUCCUCCCCAUCACUUAUGAUGCUUCCGGGAAUCCUACUGGAGUAGGAGCAGAUAUUCAACGAACUAUUUCGGGGCCUUCUUUCAGCCCAAGCUUUAUGAGGUUCGGCGAUAUAGCCGUUCAGACGAGCACCAAGCAAUUAUAUUUGGCAACAAGCAACGGGCGAUUCUCCAAGAUUGACCUCACCAACGCAUUCGGGCAGGCCCUGCUUCCUUACACAGAAAUCAAGACGGGCAAUCCCUCCCUUCAGCUUGCAUUCGACUGCGAAGAAAAUAUCUUGUACGGUCAGCGAUACGUUGCGACGGACACUGGCAGUGACAAUUGGUACACCAUCAACCUGGCGACUGGCGUGACGACAACGAUUCCCAACUACUCAACUGAAGGUGCCAGGUUAUCAGCACGGGAUCUAGGUGGCUCCUCAUGCACUGACUCGCCUUUGACAGCAAGGUAACCCUACCCGAGCUCCUACCGGACAACCGACCAGCACUCCUACCGCAACCCCCACCUUUUCCCCUAGUGCUAGUCCCUCAUCCGUGGGUCCAACAGUCACACCCACUCCGGCCCCCACAUCGUUGCUACCAACGCCGUCCCCGAAUCCCACUGCCUCCCCAACCCUGAGUCCUACUAGCAGCCCGACAGCGGCGCCGACCUUGACUCCGACAGCGUCUCCAACAACUACGCCCACGCCAAGUCCCACUUCCGUCGCACCAUUCUGUCUUGACUGUGCUAUAACAAGCACUACUUGUGCGGAUACUGGAGGCAAUUACUUGGGCUUCUUUCCAAACACUACGACCCCCGAGGCAUGCUCGACGCAGUGUCAGACUUUCUUUCCUGGUUUUGUGAGCUGGUUUGGACUACUUAUUGCGUCCGAGAUUUGUACAUGCUUCUUCAGCUGUUCAAUCCAGCUCCCUGCGAAUGGCUCGGUCAUUUAUCCUGUGCUGCCCCCCUGUGACCCUCUUCUAAAAUAUAAGCAAGCCGCACGCAAAAAGGUGGUUAUCAGGAGCCGGAAGCCCAAGACCAUUGUCUCCACCCGGAUUCGGGUGAGAUCGUAUAACAAGACAUCUCUUCCCAAUGUCUUGCUGGACCUCCCCUAUGGAAUCGAUUUUGUGAGCGCAAAAGGACCAAGCGCAAAGACAGCCGACAUCCAGAUUGACGCCUUGGCCAACGUGAUCUACAUUUUGGCAUCGCCCUUACAAAAGUCAAAACGGGUGGUCUCAUACAAGAUCAAGCUCAACGUCACAGAGGAGUUUACAGACAAUGUUUUCAACAUCGAUUUCGGAAUUUUUGAGGGAACCAGAUCAAGUGCUACGUGCCUGAGCGAGCUGCCACCUCUUCCGGUUUCCAUCAUUCGCAAAGAUUCGAGAAUGAAGAAGGGCAAGACUGUGUAAGCUCAAAUAUCACGCCAUUUGAGGCAGUCAAAGCAAGCGAAGCGACGGGGCAUUUCUCUUCAGCUUGUGACGAAAUGAAAGUCAAAUUAGUCUUGCUAACGCGUGCACCAGGAACAGAAGGGCUUUUUUGACGGUUGACAAAGUUUUCUUGAGGACAUAAGUUUGGAAAAUGGGGUUGGGUGUUUCGAUGGGCGACAAUCGUGGGAUCAUUCCUUUGGGUUUCGAUUGUCUUGGGGUUGUAAGGUAUUGAAAGUAUUGGGGAAAAGGGACGGGUACUUGUCGUCAGCUUGGCAGGAGUAAGAGACCUCGAUGUUUGUCAGGUGGAUAUCAGGCUAUUGUGCUGUGUUUGACACUUGACGUGGGGUUCAAGUGUUCUCAAGGAAUUGAUAUUCAAGAGGGUUCGGAUUGAGGUCAUGUGCAAAAUUGUGGCAUUUGACUUGAGGCGAGUGUUCCCUGGGGUACGGAGACAUAAAAUGAAAAAAAAUGAGAUUAGCCCUGUGGCUUGGGCAGACCAAAGAGAAGGA